AUGUGCUGCGGGGCGCUCUGGGUGGCCCUGCCUGUGCUCUCCCUGCUGGCCUGCCCCGCACAGGGGAAGCCACUGGAGAGCCAGGGGCACACGCCCACGGGGGGAGACGCCCAUCGCUGGCUAGGGGGGCAGGGAGGUGAGCCGGAGGGGGGCACCUUCGACCUGAGGAUGUUUCUGGAGAACAUGAAGGUGGAUUUCCUGCGCAGCCUCAACCUGAGCGGGGUCCCUUCCCAGGACAAAACCCGAGCGGAGCCACCACAGUACAUGAUCGACCUGUACAACAGAUACACCACCGACAAGUCGACCACCCCUGCGUCCAACAUCGUGCGCAGCUUCAGCGUGGAAGAUGCUGUCUCCAUCAUGGCCACGGAAGACUUUCCCUUCCAGAAGCACAUCUUGCUCUUCAACAUCUCCAUUCCCAGGCAUGAGCAGAUCACCAGGGCCGAGCUCCGACUCUAUAUCUCCUGUCAAAAUCACGGAGCCUCUCCUCGUGAGCUGAAAGGCAACAUGGCCAUAUAUGACGUUCUGGAUGGAGCAGAUGCCUGGGAUGCUUCUACAGGAACGAAGACAUUCCUGGUGUCCCAGGACAUUCAAGACGAGGGCUGGGAGACCUUUGAGGUCUCCAGUGCUGUGAAGCGGUGGGUCAGAGCCGACUCCACCAAGAGCAAAAAUAAACUGGAAGUGACUGUGGAGAGUCACAGGAAGGGCUGUGACCAGCUGGAUAUCAGCGUUCCCCCAGGCUCCAAAAACCUGCCCUUCUUAGUCGUCUUCUCCAAUGACCGCAGCAAUGGGACCAAAGAGACCAGGCUGGAGCUCAGGGAGAUGAUCGGCCAUGAGCAGGAGAGUGUGCUCAAGAAGUUGUCCAAGAAUGGUCCAGCAGAAGCAGGUGACAACAAGGAUGAGGAUGGGGAAGGUCACAUGGCCACAGGGUCAUCGUUAGCCAGACGGAAGAGGAGUGCCGGGGUCAACAACCACUGUCAGAAGACCUCCAUGAGGGUGAACUUCGAGGAUAUUGGCUGGGACAGCUGGAUCAUUGCACCCAAGGAAUAUGAUGCGUACGAGUGUAAAGGCGGCUGCUUCUUCCCCCUGGCUGAUGACGUAACCCCCACAAAACAUGCCAUUGUACAGACCCUGGUACAUCUCAAGUUCCCCAUGAAAGUGGGCAAGGCCUGCUGUGUGCCCACCAAACUGAGCCCCAUCUCCAUCCUCUACAAAGAUGAUAUGGGGGUCCCCACCCUCAAGUACCACUAUGAAGGGAUGAGCGUGGCAGAGUGUGGGUGCAGGUAG